CCCGCCCGGCUUUGCUCCGCCCGCCCCAGUCACGUGGUGAGGCGCCGAGACCAGCCGGUAGCUGAUGCAGUCGCGGGGUAUUCAUCAUGGAGCUGGCCCCGCGAAGCUGUCCUCUGCUGCUGCUGCUGCUGCUUUUGGGCCUGAGCACGGGAGCUGUCGUCAGCCAGCCCCCGGAAGACAGCAAGGAAGUCUGGGGUUAUGUGACUGUCCGGAAGGAUGCCCACGUGUUCUGGUGGCUCUAUUAUGCCACCAGCUCCCACAAGAACUUCUCAGAACUGCCCUUGAUCAUGUGGCUUCAGGGUGGUCCAGGUGGUUCCAGCACUGGCUUUGGAAACUUUGAGGAAAUCGGGCCGCUUGAUAGGAAUCUCCAGCCACGAAAGACCACCUGGCUCCAGUCGGCCAGCCUCCUGUUUGUGGAUAACCCCGUGGGCGCCGGAUUCAGUUAUGUGAACAAGACCAAUGCGUACGCCAGAGACCUGGCCACCGUGGUAUCAGACAUGAUAUUUUUCCUGAAGAGCUUCUUUGAUCUCCACAAAGAAUUCGAGAGGAUUCCAUUCUACAUUUUCUCAGAGUCUUAUGGAGGAAAGAUGGCUGCUGGCAUCGCUCUAGAACUUUAUAAGGCUAUUCAGCAAAAGACCAUCCAGUGCAACUUUGCCGGGGUUGCUCUGGGUGACGCUUGGAUCUCUCCCAUCGAUUCGGUGCUCUCCUGGGGACCUUACCUGUACAGUGUGUCUCUUCUAGAUGACCAGGGUUUGGCAGAGGUGUCUAAUGUUGCAGAGGAAGUCCUGGAUGCCCUGAGCAAGGAACUCUACCAAGAGGCCACCAGGCUCUGGGAGAAAGCAGAAAUGGUCAUUGAACAGAACACAGAUGGGGUGAACUUUUAUAACAUCUUAACUAAGAACUCUUCUGCGUCCAGAGUGGUGUCGAGUCUAGAAUUCACCCAGAAACACCUUGUUCAUCUUUUCCAACGCCACGUGAGACAGCUCCAGCAGGAUCCCUUAAGUCAGCUCAUGAAUGGUCCCAUCAGGAAGAAGCUCAGAAUUAUUCCUGAAGACUGCAUCUGGGGAGGCCAGGCCCCCAUCGUCUUCCUGAACAUGGAGGGGGACUUCAUGAAGCCGGUCAUCAGCAUUGUGGACGAGCUGCUGGAAGCCGGGGUCAAUGUGACCGUGUAUAAUGGACAGCUCGACCUCAUCGUGGACACCAUGGGGCAGGAGAACUGGAUGCGAAAACUGAAAUGGAAAGAAUUGCCCAAAUUCAGGCAGCUGAAGUGGAAGCCCCUGCACAGUGACCCCACAUCUUCAGAAACAUCUGCCUUUGUCAAGUCCUACAAGAACCUGGCUUUCUACUGGAUUCUCAGAGCUGGACACAUGGUUCCUUCAGACCAACCAGACAUGGCCCUGAAAAUGAUGAGGCUGGUGACUCAGCAAGAAUAGGCUGGCCUGGGCUGGCUGCAGGUGAACUGCUUGGCCUCAGGGCACGGGAGCCGCUGUGAGCAGUCUGCUGCUGUAGGAACCACCCUUCUCCCCUCGAGUCUGACUCCAGGGAGAAGCUGACUUGGGCUGAUUGUGAAAGUUUCCGUCAGCUUUGGCAGAGAACAGAAUCAUUGCCUCUGUAGCAACUUGCAAAUCAUUUCUGCUUGUGAAGACUUUUUUUUUUUAAUGGAUUUGUUUUAAUCAAAAUGAAGAAUUGAAAUAGCUUAAUAUUUUCUUAUUAUAAAAGCACAUUGUGUGACUUACAGAGAAAACCGGAGAUGCAAACAAAGAACCAAAUAAAUAUCUAUAUGCUCCUUUCCCAGGGAAAAGCACUGUUACCAGUUAAGUGUUCUUCCUACAACCCUUUUUUUGCUAUAUAUACAUACAUUUUUUUUUUACAAAAACACAAUCAUUGCUGUGUUAUGUCAUGGUUCACUUUGUUCACACAUCAGUAUGUCCUAAACACCUUUUCGUGUCAAUAAAUUGUUCUCCUAUAACA